AUGUUAAAGAACUUUGUCUUCUUCAAUUGUUUAGUGGUUUUGGCUAUUUCCCAAUGUCCAACACAGGACUGGCUCUACGAUACAUCGACAAAUGCCUGCUUUUUGCCUGUUUUACAAAAUUUAACCUACGCGGAUGCUCAAAAAAAUUGUCAAAGUCAAAACUCGGCGCUCAUCUCGAUAAAGACCACAAUUUACAACACUGUUGGGCAAACGAUUGUAAUCUACGAUGCUGAACACGAGGAUUGGUGGACUGGUGGGACAAGGGAUAAUGUGAAUAGUCCCUUUCAUUGGCCCGAUGGAAAUGGUUUGACAUUCACGAAUUGGUUGCCCUCAUUUCCUGAUAAAGUGAUCGGCCAUGAUUGUCUCGCAAUUCACAUGAUUAAUGCUAUCUAUGGUGGAUGGCAAAAUGAGGAUUGUACACAAAAAUGGCCAUCAAUUUGUGUCAUUGAGAAUGCUCUACCAAUACCAACAGAAGAUACAAAAGAUUGCCCACAGCAGAAGUACAAUAAACCCACUGAUAUCGUCACUUCACCAAGAUGGCCUAACAACUACCCGGAUCUCUCCGAUUGUUAUUAUUUUAUCACGGUAUCUCAAGGAAAACGCGUAAAUCUUACACUGGAUUUCUUCAAAACAGAGGCUUGUUGUGAUUGGUUGUAUAUCUAUGAUGGACCCGAUACACAGAGUACAAAAAUAGCCAACCUAAGGGGCUCAGUAGCAAAUGGUACUUCCUUUACGUCAUCGUCAAAUACUAUGACACUUCGUUUCACUUCUGAUGAAAGCAAUAACGAUAAAGGAUUCUAUGGCCGUUACAAUUGUCAA